AUGUCUGCCCCUACCAUUUCUGCCGCGCAGGCUGUUGGCGAAUACCUGCAGUUCCCAGAUGACCUCGCCAAAAUUACCGCAUUCCGAAAGAAGCUCGAGAAGGAGAAGGCGUCCAUCGACGCCAGGCUGAAGAGCGGUGUGAAGGAGCAGUUGGACGCUACCCGGGACGGCCUGCGGAAGGUCUUCGGUACGCGGAAUAACGUACAGACCGUCAAGGAUGAGCUGGAAACGGUGGACAGACUGUGCAGCGACCCCCAGAAUCAGGUCGCUACGUUUGACCAGAUCAGCAGAGUGUCCAUCGUGCAUCGCAAUUUCGAGCGGGUGGAGGAGAUGGUGAACAACCUCGUCGACAUGAACAUGCAUCUGGACAUGCUGGAAGACAUGCUUACGGCGGACAGCCAGGACAUCCUUGGCCCCGCACCCAAUCUGCUCCGCGCCCACUACCAGAUUCGAAGGCUGGAGGCCUUCCGCAACGAGACGAUGCAUUUGGCGAAGAAAAGCAGUGCGGACGUCCGAAAUACGCUGAAGCGACAAUUCGAACGUCUCGACGGCCUCAUUGAAGGGUUCGAACAGUACAUUCUCGCGCUGGCGCGGAACAUCCUCAUGAUCUGUAUGGAGGGCAACGCGGAGACGUUGGUGAAGCUAGUGAAGAUCGCAGAGGUUGAGGGGCUUGAGGACCAGAAGGCCAUAGCCAUCAAACUCGUCAAGAAAGCCGCGAAGAUGGACGCAGCGGCGAAGUUCAGGUCAAUGCAGGCGGACGCCCGAGUGAUCAAGCACUACACGUCGAAGAUCAGAAAAUGCAUAGGCGAGUCCAUCCAGGCGACGUUCGACGAAGCGUUUGCGAGCAACGGGAGCAAUCCUGCUGCUUUCUUGGACAACCUUGACUGGUUGUACCAGGAUCUAAUCCACAUCGAGACCGACGUCGUCCCGUGUUUCCCUCAAUCCUGGGAGAUCUACAACCACUACGUCAAGGAGUACCACAAGGCGUUGAAUGCGAUGCUCAAGAAGAUCGUAGCAUCCGAGCCCGAUGCCAGCGUUCUUCUUGCCCUGAACUCCACGAUAAAGGAUUAUAAGAAGAAGAUGAAGGAGCUGGAGAUUCCGUCUGAGCUUCUCGUCCCUCCGCUUCUAGAUGGGAAGGAACAGGACCUCAUCGAGGACUACCUGAAGCUCAUUAUCAAGAAGCUCGAGGAAUGGACGGAGAACUUGAUGAAGACGGAGAUCGCAUCGUUCACCCAGCGGGAGGAGCCUCCAGAGAUAAACAGUGACGGGCUGUACGGCUUGCAGGGGGUGGUCAUCCUCUUCCAGAUGGUGAACCAGCAGGUGGACCUUGCGAUGGAGAGCGGGCAGGGCAUGAUUCUCGCUCGCACUGUCGAAGAGAUCAACCGCGUGAUGCGGGGAGUGCAGACGCGAUGGAUCCAACUCGUCGGUACCGAGUUCAAGAAGUUUGCGGAAAAGCCAGAGGAGGUUCCGGGCGGUCUCGUCGAGUACUGCAUCGCCCUCGCGAAUGACCAGCUCAAGUCCGCUGACUCCACGGAGAACCUGUCCGCCCGCAUCGAGCCCCUCGUCUCGGAGAAGUACCGCGUACCGAUCCACGACCAUCUGAACGACGCCAUCGACGGCUUCCUCGACGUCGCGAAGAAGUGCCAGCAGACGCUCAUCGAUCUCGUCCUCAACGAUCUCAAGCCUGCGCUCAAGCUGCUCUUCCAACCGUCGUGGUACGACGGGAUCACGGCACAGAUCAUCGAGACCAUCCGCGACUACAUGUCCGAUUACAACUCCUACCUCAACCAGACCCUCGUCGAGCUUCUCGUCGAGGAUCUCAUCGACACAUUCUUGGUCGCGUAUCUCAAUGCUCUUGCCAACGCACCGAAGAUGAAGUUCCCGCAGGCGCUGGGGCGGAUACGGAACGACAUCGACGACGCCUACAAGCUAUUCGGCCAGUACAAGAAGCUCGAUGAGCUCGAGCCUCGAAUGCAAGUCCUCGAUAUGGUGCUUUCGAUACUCGAAGCGUCGCAGAGCCUCGUGUUCCUGUCGUACUAUUCGUUCGCGAAGAUCUACGGGCCGAACAUCGCGUUCGUCGAGAACCUGCUCAAGGCCAGAGGAGACCUGGAUCGCUCGGGGGUCAGCGAAGUCAUGGAGAGUAUCAAGCGGAAAGUGCAGGAAGAGAACCUGACAGAUCCGGCAGAACCAACGAUCAUGAAGAAGGUCACGGUGCAGGGAGCACUCUCACGUCUGCUCAACAGGAGCUAA